AGCCUUUGCCCCGCCCCUUGGAACAACCCUCUUCGUUUUAAACAAAAAGUCCAAGACGCUGCUGUAGUUCACUCCGAAUUCCCCGUGGCCAACCCUGAGGCAUUUGCUCUUCGAGGCCUGGGAGUCUUGCUGAACCUGAGGAUUUAGGAGACGCGAGCGGUGAGAGAGGCCGGAACGAUUCCUUCACGGAACUGUUGAGGAGAGGCCUGUGGGAGUACUUUGAGGGACGGACCGUGACGGGUUCGGCUAGGCGUGCAGGGAUGGCGGCAGAGGCGGCCGAAGCGGGGCCGAGGGCCGCGGUCCCUGUGGAUCUGCGGCGCGAGCGGCGCUUGGUGUGCGUGGAGUACCCGGGCGUGGUGCGCGACGUGGCCAAGAUGCUGUCGACUCUGGGCGGCGAGGAGGGCGUCUCCCGAAUCUAUACAGACCCCACCAAGAGACUGGAGCUGUACUACCGACCCAAGGACCCAUACUGCCACCCAGUGUGUGCCAAUCGCUUCAGUACCAGCAGCCUGCUGCUCCGGAUCAGGAAGAGGACGAGGUGGCAGAGAGGAGUGCCCGGAGCUGAGGCCCACUCCAAGGUUGAGUUCGACAUGGAGAUCCUUGGCAUCGUCUCCACCAUUUACAAAUUUCAGGGAAUGUCUGACUUCCAGUACUUGGCGGUGCACACGAAAGCCGGUGGCAGGCACAUGUCGAUGUAUGACAAAGUGCUCAUGCUCAGGCCAGAGAAGGAGGCCUUCUUCCACCAGGAGCUGCCGCUCUACAUCCCGCCACCCAUCUUCUCCCGCCUGGACACCCCAGUGGACUACUUCUAUCGACCUGAGACCCAGCACCGGGAAGGCUACAACAACCCCCCGCUCUCGGGUGAGAACCUGAUCGGCCUGAGCAGGGCCCGGCGCCCCCACAAUGCCAUCUUUGUCAACUUCGAGGAUGCGGAGGUGCCUAUGCAGCCGCUGGAGGCCGCGGCACAGACGUGGAGGAAGAACUGCACCAACCCUGCAGACCGGGAGGUGGAGGAGGCGCUGAGGAAGCUAUUUGACAUUCGGCCCAUCUGGUCACGAAAUGCUGUCAAGGCCAACAUCAGUGUCCACCCUGACAAGCUCAAGGUCUUGCUUCCCUUCGUGGCCUACUACAUGAUAACCGGUCCCUGGAGGAGCCUGUGGAUUAGAUUUGGAUAUGACCCCCGUAAACACCCAGAGGCUAAGAUUUACCAAGUCCUUGACUUCCGAAUCCGCUGUGGGAUGAAGUACGGGUAUGGCUCCAGUGACAUGCCUGUCAAAGCAAAGCGCAGCACCUACAACUACAGCCUCCCCAUCACCGUCAAGAAGACACCCACCCAGCUUGUCACCAUGCAUGACCUAAAGCAGGGCCUGGGCCCAUCAGGGGUAGCCGGCCCCCGGAAGUUGGCCUCCAACAAGUACAAACUCAAGGACUCGGUCUACAUUUUCCGGGAGGGGGCCCUGCCACCCUAUCGACAGAUGUUCUACCAGUUGUGUGAUUUGAACGUGGAAGAGUUGCAGAAGAUCAUUCACCGCAACGACGGGGCGGAGGACUUGUGCACAGAACGGGAUGGGUGGUGCCUCCCCAAGACCAGCGAUGACCUGAGGGACACCAUGUCCAUCAUGAUCCGGCAGACCAUCCGCUCCAAAAGGCCUGCACUCUUCUCUAGCCCAGCCAAAGCCGACCGUGCAAAAGGGCAGCUGAUGUUUGAGUCUGGGGAGGAUGAAGAGGAGGAAGAGGAAGAGGAGGAAGAGGAAGAAGACUUCAAGCCCUCAGAUGGGAGUGAGAACGAGAUGGAGACGGAGAUUCUGGACUACGUGUGACAAGACCCUCAUCCCCAAGCUGACCAGGUGACCCGUGUCCAGCCUGGUGUGGUUGCCAUGGCAAGCUGUGGUCCCCAUUGCCAUCCACAGUAGCAAGACUGGCCCAGAGGCCCCUCUGAGGAAAUCUGGAGUCCCAGAAGGACAGGCCCUGGCCCUGGUUGUGCCUGCUGCUCAGUGUCGCCCUUUUCCCUGGGCUUUUGGGGACCUUCUUGGCUUCACGCACCAUAACCCAGCUCAGAGUCUGGCAGGCUGAACUGGCACUCAUGACCUGUGGCAGAAAGAAAGCCAGAGGUGGAGAUGGCGCAGUGCAACUAGGUCCCAGCCCGUCCCAGCUUGGGCCUCGUGACUGGGGGCAGAGAUAACUGCCACAAUCUCUGGUCACAGAUGGACGAAAAAGGCCCUGGUUUUGGAUCCCAUCCAUUUGGGGUGGCUUUGCAAAGGCCAGGCCCAGGCAGAAUCAUCCUGGUCAGUCAAUUUCCUGAGAAGUCCGGGUGUCAGUGCAGGGGUUGGAGCCACAGGGAAGUUUUCUGGCCUUGGGGCCCCUGUAGCACAUCACUAGUUCCUUCACUCACUGGUGACGUGCGGGUAGUGCUGGGACCGUUGACACAGGCCUGUGCCCCUCAUUUGGGUGAGAUGAGGACGCUGGGAGUAGCCCAAGGCUGGACUUGUUCCUGACUUUCCCAAAUGGAUAUGAUCUUCAGAAGUUCCCAGAAACAGUUCUUUUUGUCUCAGAGCUUCCCAGCGUGGACUCGCGCCCUGCAGAGCCCACUUCCCUGGAGUCACUCCCAUGAAGUGCUCUCCUGUGUCCACAGGGCAUCACCACCUCUUCCCUCAGGGCACCUGGGACAAAUGGGCCAUUGGCCUGCUUCUCUGUGUGACUGUAAGUCCCUUCAGCAUGCAAAAUAAAGACACAUUAAUCUCAAAGCCAAAGGCCUCAGGCCAGCCACAUCCUGCUGACCAAGUUCCUGGGAAAUCCCGUCCCUUGGCAACAUCAGGAACCCAGUGGCUCAGUCAGCCCAAAGUGGCUAGGCCUGGGCCAGGUGGCCUGCUCCUGCUGGGGAGAAGCUCAGCCCUGAGGCAGAGACAACUCUUGCCUAAAGACAGGCUGCCUGGGCCUGGCCGGCUCCCCUCUGCACCAUCUCCCUCAGGAGCAGCACCUCUGCCAGGUCUCAACUUGGACCCUGUGCAAAUCUGGGGAGGUGCUAGGUCAGGGACCCUCAACACAAGUAGGCCUUACCCUCCUCCCCCAGAGCCUAGGACAGUGCUGGUCCGGCCUUAGGUCUGCCGAACUGGAAGGACUUCCCAAGGUCUACUCAAAUUGUAAAAGGUGUGGUGAUUUCUCUCCCAGAAUUCCCCCUUUUAAAUAAAAGCUUUUAUUACAAAAAACGUCAAACAUACAGAGAAGUACU